AUGAGCCGUACUCUAUUCGUGGAAAACCUUGUCGAUGCGGCCGUGGCGACAAUUUCAUCCAUUUGGGGCCGCUUCUCGCGUGAAUGCCGUGCUUCCCUCAAGCAAGAAGAUGUGGCAAAGGAUCAGUCAAACAGUACGCUCCCAUUGGCUCUUUUUGUGCGCGAAAUUUUACGACGAAGCCGCACAAGUUGCUCGACCCUGCAGGCAGCGUUGCUGUACUGCUCUCGGUGUAAGAUGGCCUUGCAUGACAAUGUGGAUAACUACAGCACGUCCUCACACACCGAUGUACUAGGCUGGAUGAACGAAGCUAUGGUUAUGUCGCCCACCUCUAUGCAGGCGAUGGAGCUGACGUGCAAGCUUCCAUCCUUAUCUCUUCCGUGCUCAAGCGCGCCCAUACAAAGCAGCGCAAAGUCCAUCAAGGCACAGACUACAAGUAUGCCCUCACCGUUAUUGUGUGGGCGACGUAUGUUUUUGGCUGCAAUUGUUGUGGCAUCCAAGUUCCUUCAGGAUCGGACCUACUCGAAUCGGACUUGGUCCAAAAUCUCAGGUUUGGAGACGCGUGAAAUCGAGCAAUUGGAACGUGUAUUUUUGCAGACUAUCCACUACAACCUAGUUGUCAGUGAGUCGGAAUGGGCACAGUGGACCAAGGAGUUGUCUUUGCAUUGCCAUCGCAACAAGUUGGCCUCUUUCACUUCAAGCCAGUUGUCCGACAAGAACAUUCCGGAAGCAUACAAACAACGCCCUGCAUCGGCGAGAUUGCAUCGUGUCACAUCUGAAAAUGUCAUCGGACAAGCCUUCCAGUUCGAUGCGAGUCUGAGUGACCCACAGGCACCCUCGCGCGGAAAGUCGGCUCUAGCCCGACAUGGAUCAACGUACUAA